AUGCCAGGAGCACCAACAGCCCUGCUAGCUUUCAUAGUAUGCAUCUCCUUUCCAGCGGCUGGAGCCUCUUCCGAGCGCUCCAUGUCAUUGCCCGGCUGCGCUGACAAGUGCGGCGAUGUGCCCAUCCCAUACCCCUUCGGCAUUGGGGGGCACUGCGCCACGACCAGGCUGAACAGCUACUUCAACCUCACCUGCGACGGCACGUUUGAUCCACCUCGGCCAAUGGUUGGAGAUCGCGAGGCAAUAGUUGAGGUUGCCAGCAUCUCACUAGAGCAUGGUGAGAUGCGUGUGCUCAGCCCCGUCAACCACAUCUGCUUCACGUCAAAUAGCACAUCCACCAAGUUGGCCGAUGGGUAUGAUCUGCAGCCCACGCCCUUCAUCCCGUCACCAUCGCGCAACCGCUUCACAGUCAUCGGCUGCAACACCCUGGGACUCAUCACUGGCUACAAGGACACCGCCAGCCAGUACGUGGCUGGCUGCUACUCCUACUGUGAUGGUGUCAACAACACGUCCGACGGCGCGCCAUGUGCUGGGAUGGGUUGCUGUGAGGCUGCCAUCCCAGCCAAUCUCACCACCUUCGGGGUCGUGUUUCAGAUGAACCAGAGCAAGGUAUGGGACUUCAACCCGUGCUUCUACGCCAUGGUGGCCGAGGUUGGGUGGUACAAUUUCAGGCAGCAGGACCUCGUUGGUAGCCUUGGGUUUAUCAAUGAUCGGGCACAGAGGGGUGCCCCCAUCGUCGCUGACUGGGCCAUUAAGAAUGGCUCUUGCCCGGAGGAGGGGAAGGACGCACCUAGUGACUAUGCCUGCAUCAGUGCAAACAGCUACUGCAAGGCCGCGAACAAUGGUCCAGGGUACCUCUGCCAGUGCUCCAAAGGAUAUGAGGGCAAUCCUUAUCUUCUGAAUGGCUGUCAAGACACAAAUGAGUUUGCAUUGCGUAAGCAGGACCCCAAGUAUGAAGAUUUGUAUCCGUGCAGAAAAGGGGCCUGCCACAACAUACCAGGAAGCUACUUAUGCAAAUGCAAACCAGGAAAAAGAUCUGACAGUACAAAUUUUGGAUGUCGAUCAUUGCAUUCUCCAGCUGACAAAAUGGUUAUUGGUAAGCACAAUUUAUGUAAACCGUUUAUUUCUGUUCAUGCUUUCACCUCCAUUUAG